CUGGUACAUCAAGGUAGGUCAAAGUCGGAUUACACAACAACUGGAGACUUGUAUUGGAGACUGUCUCAUGUCCCUGCUGCGUGGCUGACACUGUCAAAGAUGGCUAAUGAGUUUAUCAUCGCGUUGGCUGGGUCAAUUCUAAGUACUCCCGACGCGAUCGGCUUUGCCUGGAGAGCGCUGUGCUUAGUCUACUGGCUCCUGGCUACAAUGAGAAGUUUCUGGGACGACCACGACACGAAACUCGGAUUUGUGGUGACGACAGUGACCCUGAGGGAGCUAGUCGCAUUGCCGAUAACGUACCUCCACUACAACGGCCUGGCUGUUGUGGCGAUCAAGUUUGUCCACCAGAUCUUGUUGUGCGCCUUGUUGUUCCUGGUCCACAACAUGUCCGAGAAGCAAAUGUCCCGAAUGUCUCUCCGCCACCGCGUGUGUUACGCCCUGCUGGUUGAGAACUGUGUGGCCUACAACAUGACCUGGAACUACGUCCAGACCUCCACGCUCCUCGCCGCGCUGCUCGUCCAGGACUUCGGCGUCGGACCGGACACCGUGUCGACCCUGCUCCUGGUUCUACUCGCCAUCUGCGUCCUGGCCACCGUCUCCGUCGAGCUAGUCUUCCUGAAUAAGCUGCGGUGGACCGCGGCUGGGCACUUCCCCAUCCAAAUGUGGGUUUAUUAUCUAUAUCAGGGGUCAGUCCUAGACGGCAGAAUGGUGUGGAUCCUGCUCGUUACAAAUGCACUGCUGGUGAUCAUAAAGUUUACUCCAGAAAAAUGUAAAUAUCACAGGUGUGUCGCAGAAAGGAUGGAAGAAGAAGAUAGUGAUGAAAACCUUUUGGUUGAGGUCUAGGUAGAGCCACACCGGUGUCAUGCUAUUGUUUUAUUUACGUUGUAGUGACUAUGACGAGGUGAAUCAUGUAAAUGACAUUUAACUAUAACAGUUUUAGGAACCAUAGACAAAUCCUAGGCUGCACUUGUAUAAUUUUAUAUGUUUAUAUGUUUGUUAAUAGGUGUGGUUGUAGAAGACCAAACAAAUGUCGCCGUAUUUUUUGUUAUAUUGAUAAUGAUAAUAAAAUUCAUCUAUAUCAUGAAG